AUUUGUUAGGGAAACUGGAAAAUGAAAAUGGAGUUUUGUUACGCUUUUAAUGUAAAAAUAAUUAAUGAUAAAUUAUGAAGUUAAUUACUUUGAUUUGUGAAUCCUUCCGUGGUUAGGAUGGAGAACACAACUCCAUUUCAACCUUGGGCCGUUGAAGAGAGUUCAAAAUUAGUAAAAUCAGAGAGAGAAUUAGCGGAUGACGCGAAACUUCAUCGGGAAAAUGUCAAUCAUCCAAAACAUAGGCAAAUUGCGUCUUACGAUAAAGAAACUAUCGUUGCUUCAAGUAAUAAUCCGGGACCAUCAACUUCAUCGGAAACGAGCUUGGAUCCUGUUACUGGAAAGGAAUCCAAAAUGGAUUCAGGAAAAAUAGCUUCUAUGCAACAAAUAGUUGAAAAUACCAUAAGCCAAGAUGGACGGCAAAGGGUUGCACAAUUACUGGAAGCAGUAGAAGCCCUCAGUGGUGCUGAAAGGUUAUUAUUGUAUCUCCGUUUACCAACUGGAGUUCCCCCACAUGAUCCUUUAAAACAACCUGUUAAUCCUUUAGGUUCAAGAGCAGAGCUUCAACAAACUGUCACCUGGAUACAAACACACCUUGAAGUAGAUCCAGACGUUUCUCUACCAAAACAGGAUGUCUACGAUGAAUACAUCGCUCACUGUAUGAGUAGUAAUAUGAAGCCUCUAUCGACUGCCGAUUUUGGGAAAGUAAUGAAGCAGGUCUACCCGACUGUGAGGCCCAGGAGAUUGGGGACGAGAGGAAAUUCAAGGUACUGUUACGCAGGGCUUCGUAAGAAAGUUAAGCUGGAAGUCCCCCAGCUUCCUGAUUUGGGAGAGUCAUCCAAGGAAGGUCACAUUGGUACCAGCGAACACGAAAGAGUUAUAUGCGAGUGGGCGGAAUCUAAGUUAGGUGUUAAAUUCAGCAGUAUCACGGAGCUGUCCCGUCACGUCGGUCCACUGAUGAUGCGGACCAGACCUGGACCUUCCAGUGCGUCUCCACCGCCUAUGGCAGUACUUGUACCGUCAGAAGAAACAUCUGGACCUCAAUUGAUGAAGCAGCUAAAACGGAAGAUACAGGGAACACCAGGAAGACCAAAGAAGAACAAAGCUCAGGAGAUCGUGGAAUCGCCCCCAUCUACCUCAUACGUGCCCUCGGUGAAGCACGAAAGCGAGAUGGACCCCUAUUACCAGCAACCCUACGUAUAUGAGGUCCGCCCGCCUUUUCCAUACUCGGCUCCUCCCCGCGCCCAUCCCCCCCACGAGUAUCGGACCGAGCCCUACUUCGAGCCCUCGUACGCGCCCCGCGACCUGUCCCUGCCCCCAGACCCCGCCCCCAAUCUUCCCAUCAACCUCAGCAGCGACGCUUCCCUCGAUCUAUCCACGGAGCGUAGCGAUUGGCAACGCCGACGCCCCCCGGACCCCCGCCUCCCACUCCCCGGGAAGAAGCUCAUCCUCGAGACGUACCAGAACGAAACGCAGACAUCGCCCCGCCCCACGCACGAGACGUACCUGCCCAAAAAGAUGCGCGCCGCCGAAAUACUCGGUAAGGCGCCGAGGCAACCCGACGCUUUCGAGCCGGCCCGUCCCGACCCUUUUUUAGAGGAUCCAAAAAACUUACCGAGCCGGUCCAAAAGCACCGCCGCGGCGCUGGCCCGGAGACAGGAGGCGGCGACUCCGAUAGGGGCGAAGGCCCCGCUUAGGACUCCCACUGACGCUACCCACGACCCUUGCUGCGGCAUCGACGGCAUCAACAUCAAGACGGGCGUCAUAUGCGGCGAGAAGCACUCCGAGAUUCUCAACCGAGAGCGCGUCAUAAGCAUCUGCAACAUAGACAAACACGAUCUCGACGACUACCUCAACGAGAACAACAGCCAGGAGCAUGAGGAGGAGCUGCUGAAGUACUUUCACCCGAAAGACGCGGAGAGGGAGAACGCGAACCCGUCCGCUUUUUUAGAAACUAGUCAAGACGUCCCGGACGAGCACAGUCAAGGCAAGAACGAGAAGAUUUCCCAGCUCCGAGAAUUGCUCGCGAAGAAUUUGAAGAAUCCAAGCGGUACUAAUCCGGGAAAUUCGGAAUCCCAAGCACCGCCGGAAACCUUUCCAAUCAGCAAAAAUACCGACGCGGACGGUUUUAAACCCGUCAGUUUAGACGAUACAGUGAGAGAUGCAAAUUUCCCCACCCAUAAUGAUGUUAGCAAACAGUGCAACUCGAUAACGAAUGGAAAUGGAAAUUCCACUCCAUACAAUUCGGACAAUACUCCACAGCUGAUGAAUAUGGGACCUCAUCUAUACAAUGGCAAUUGUAACAAUGAACCGCAAAGUCCCACGACCCGAACUCAGCAGUACGACUUCGUUCCCAUAUCCGAUGGAUGCCAUUCACCCAGAAAUUUUAACUCCAAAUCACCUUUGGGGUUCAGUCAGAGAGUCAAUAGUCCGACAAAAGUUUCCAAGCCCGUUAUUCUGAGCGGCUCGCUCCAGACAUCUCCAGUAUCCCAUAGCACCGCGGCCAGUCCCUUCGUCAGUCCCAGGAACACGCCAGUUCCCAGAUCCCGUUUAUGUUCCCGACCCAUACCGAAACUUAACGGCCGAAAACGUCGCAAUCCCCUCACAUUGGGAAUGAUCGAUCCCUGCACAAACAAUAAUAGGCCGUUCGCAGUGCCAAAUGACCAAAAAUUCGUGACCAAAACAGCGUGCAACACAAACGUGAAGUAUUCGCCCAUGUCCGCCCCGCCCUCACCGAACAUUCUGUCCCACUACAAAUACCAAGUUCUUCAGAACUCAGUUCCGAAUGGUGUCAAUAACGUGUGCCUGUUCGCGAAUUCCUUUCGAGAUAACGUCAACGGGGAUAGUGGCCAUCCUCUCUCCGCCGAUCCGUUGUCGAGUGAAGUCAGCCAGUUUUUUCAAGAGCCAAUCGCCAACUAUCGUACAAAUCACGAUCCGACCUUCAGGUCACAAUCGGUGCCUCUGAAGCAGGCGAUAAACAACAUGACCCUCCUCAGCUACAAUAACACACCAGUGGGUUCCGUCCCACCUACACCGGUUCCGAACGAAUUUUGCGAUUUCGGAUCCCUGGCCGACUGUGACAUAUCGAGAGCUGGUCUAAACCCGGAGACCCUGGACAAAAUAUACGACGCAAUAGAUAGUAGCAACGAGGUACUUAACGCGGGAUCGACGACUCUGAUGAACACCAACAGUUUGACCAACGGUUGUGACCCAUUACCAGAGCAGCAGAUACUGACAGAUGAGCAUCUGAACUCUUUCAUACCCAGCGGGGAGUUGCUGGAUAGAAGUGGCCAGUUUGAUAGCUUCACGAACGAUUCAUCCAGUGAGAACGUCGAGGAAUACUUGAAACGAACCAGCAGUAUCGAGUUUCAUAUAUCCGAAUUGGAAACUGAUAAAAAUAAGUAUUAUACGUCCCGCUCGGUGCCAAGUACACCGCUGCCCAUCAAACGCGUGCCGGAGUUGCAGAUAGGGUCACGGCGUUCGAAGGAGCUGUUCUCGCCUGAUACAUUCUCUAUGACGAACGGUAUAUCGUCCAAGUCGGUGCCGUCGACGCCGCAGAUGGUCGAAGACAGGAGCAUCUUCAGUUACAGCAAUAGAGAUUUUCUUAUUAAUGGGAAUUCUGUGGAAUUGUGCGGAACCAGCCAGGUUAGGACGCUGGUUGACAGUGACCAAGGUCUCACUUCGCCCCUGGACGUGUUGCGAGAGGAUAUACUGGAUCCGUUGACGCCCGCCGCCGAUCUGCUGGCGGACUUGGAUAAGAUAGAUGGUGCACCAUAUGUUGACCUGUAACUGUACACAUGUCGUGGUUCGAUCGUAGAAUUGAUCGUUUUAUGAAAUGGCGAACGAUAAUAUUUGACGUUCAUAAAAAAGCAUCUCCAAAUACCUAUCUGUCAAAGUCAAAAUAAGUUUACAUAUAGUUAAACAAGUACGCUUAUGAAUGUUAGAAAAGCAUUUAAAUUAAUUCUUUUAAUUUACAUUUACUACCAGUUCGCAAGUCAAGGGCUAAGGGCAAGAAACUCUCCGCCACUCUUUUUAUUCGCUAAGUUUUGAGUCAUACAACUUGUUUGAACUGGAGGAAAUUCCCAAAUCCCAAGGAUUAAGAUCAUUAAAAUAUUCGUCGAAUUUAUAAAACGCUUUAUUCAUUUACGUUUAACGGGGGCUUUGAACUUUGAGAAAGUCACUAUUCUGGAAUGAGCCUGAUACAGAUAACAAUAAAUAUAGAUGAUAGGAAAUCUAAGUACGACCAUAAAAAUAUAUACAUAUAUGUAUAUGUAUAAUAAAGCUAAACAUUAAUUGACUGAAAGUUCGACCAUUUCAAAUAACGACUAAUUCUCCGUCUAAGCCACGACGCUUUGCCUUCAGUGAAGGUACACUCCCGACAAGUCAAUGAAGCUAGUUAUUUAAGUGAAUAUAUUCCAUUAAUCGCGAAUAGUACCAGGCCAUUUAUAAGUCGCAUCGUGCUUUAGAAAGAGAUACUCUAUUUGUAGAGCGUCAUCUCUGUCACACGAAACACUAACAGGCUGGUAUCUAUUAGCGUUGACAAGAGGGACAGAGACGGCGCUAUACGAAGCCGAUGCUAGCCGAGUGUCUCUUUCUAAGGCACGAUCCGACUUAGGCCAUUUAUAAGUUGUAUCGUGCAUUAGAAAGAGAUACUCGAUUUUUAGAGCGUCAUCUCUGUUACACGUAAUACUAACAGGCCGGUAUUGAGGGUGACAGAGACGUCGUUAUACGAAGCCGAUGCUAGCCGAGUGUCUCUUUCUAAAAUACGAUCCGACUUAAUAAAUUGUCGGGUACUGUAAACUCGUCGUAGGGUCCAAUGGAGUGAAAAGUGAAAUCCGAAAAACGUGCCUACAAUAUCUCAGAUCAUCGAAAAGUUUUAUAUGAAUAUUUUGUAAAUAUAAUGAAUUAUCGGCGAAUCGUGCCAAGCACGGUGAAUUUGGUUUCUUUGUAGAUAGUUUAUUGAAAUGAAUUUAUCGUAAGUUAGCACAAAGAUUUAAUAUAUUUUAUUAUGGAUAGGUGUUUUUUGAUAUUGGUCGCAUGUGAUGUGGCCUGAGCUUAUAUUGAUAUCGUUUGUUUUGUGAAGAUAAUUUCUCCUUUUUAGGGAAUCCCAAAAUUUUUAACUCAAUCGGUUACUUGGAAAGAGGUGGUUUUGGACUUCUGUCACGGCGUCAGAAAUCUUAUUAAUUUUAUCUGAGGCGGGAUAUGAAUCGUAGAUUAAACGUUACUGAAUUUGUGAGUGUCCAUGGGGGGGGGGGGGGUUGUUAUGGCUUGCCAUUGGUCCUUCUGUUUGCCAGGGUAACCAUAGCAACGAUUACUUUAUGAAGCCAGUCUCACGGUGUGACAGCGUUCAAAGUCGGAGCUAUCUCUUUCCUAUAGGCAGUACUGUUAAACGCGAAAUCUACCACCGGUGAAUUUGAAAUACCGCCUUUUUAUCAUUGUUUUAAUAUAUAUUUUCUUUUUAAUUUUGGGUCUAUUCCACUGAGGUGAGGUGGAAUUUCGGGUCCAAUUAAAUCAAUUCAAAAUAAAGGGAUGUAGUUAGCGUUUUAAGUUACAACUGGCGCGAAUUUCGACGCCACUAGAUGAACUGUAGCGUUUAUGUCAUGUGGUUAGCCAGUCGUUUACCGAUUGCGUCCCGGGUGCCCGCCGGGGUUGGGUUUAUAAUUCAAUACCUUGAAUUUGAUUAUACUGAGCAUGUAGGAGUCUCGGGGGACCUUGAUUCGAAAACCUCCUUGAGAUUUGGAGUAAUUUAUGCUGCUUGAGUUGUAAUUUAAACUAAUUAAAAAAUUUUUUUCGAUAUUUCGUGCAAUAUUAGGUAAACGGAAGGACCGGCUUAUAUGAAUGACUGAGUAUGUUGGGCCCGGUUAAUGUUAGGUAUUAUAUGUAUUGGUAUGUAUUGGUUUUUUUUAUUCUUUAUUGAAAUAACUGUUUCUGGUACUUGAAAUUGAUUGGGGGUGAUAAGUAUACCCUCCCCCGACCUCAAAAUCGAGGUAUUGAAUUGUAAACCUUAACCCCCUAUUCGGUUAAUAACGUUCCGGUACCCAUAAUUACCCGUCCUUAUUGGGAACUACGUGAAGUGGGCUCGCCCACGCACUUUUAGACGGGCGACAGAUUCCCAUCUCCUGCAUAACGCAUACUAACGAAAUGAAAGCUAUUGGGUACGAUAACUCUAAUGGCGCUGCGAUUUAAUUUUUGACUCAAUGGAACAAGGUUUAAUUUGGCGUUAACGCGAUAUUUAUGUGUUUGGAUUGUUACGCAGUGCCUAGAAAUCCUGAGUUUUUUUGGGAUUUGAACAAUGUACAUUUCUAGUACAAAUGACAGCUACACAGGAAUUUAAAUAUACAACUGUUAGAGAAUCGGAAGACUGUAUUUGUAUCUAGAUUAUUUUAAAUGAGAUUAAAAUUGCAACAUUGUAAGGAAAUAUGAUAAUUUGUUUUUAUGAUUCUGGAUGUAUAAAUGUAUGACACAAAACCUGUAACAUGUAAUAGGUCCUAGUGUAUCCUAGUGGCUAGGAUUAUACAUUGGAAGUCAAUUUAUACUUUGCAAUGCACGCAUUAUUCUGAGAACGAACUUUUGUUAAAAUGCGGGUAGGUUACAUAUUACGAAUGAAGAACACGUUUACUAAGGUUUCCUUGAUUUAUGUGUGUUAUUAACUAAUUAUAGGUACAUUUUAAUGACCUUCAAAGAUAACUGGAACCAAAAACUACCCUCAACAAUUUUAAUAAUUGCUUCAUCCGAAAUUCAUAAGAAUUUAUCAUUAUAUAAUAUAUGUUCCAGGAUUUUUGUCAUACGUAAUAAAAAAUGUAUGAAUAUUGUAGAUAAUUUCGUUCGAUUAAUAUUCAGUAUAAAAUACAGUUUAUAGGUGUUAUGUAAAUACUUUAUUAUAAGUAUAACAUUAUUUUUAUAGAAUCGCCCAUUUCAUAUACUAGACUGCUGCACACACUGGUGCUAUUUUUUAUGUACACUCUAGAGUCCCAUGCUAAAUCUCGAAGUAUAGUUCUAUUAGGAGAUUAUGUUAAAAAUUCUAAGUGCACGUUAUCAUGAACAGAUCAGUUUUUUGAGAAAUAUGAAAGAGGGUAGCAGGUACCCUCCUUUUUCGAUAUUAAAUGUACGUAUAAUUUCUCGGGGUAAUAGUACAUAAAAAUUAGCACCCAUUAUCACUAAUCCAAUUAAUAGUUGGCAUGUUUUUAUGUACAGAUAAUAAAAUUACAGAUUAUAUCGUUGAAUUGAUUCCAUUUAUGUGUGUAUGUCUCUAAGAUUUUAGUAUAUGUUUCAUUUGCAAAUAUUUAUGUGAAGUACAAAGUUUUUAAAACUUUCGAAUGAACAAUCAAAUUGUGUGUUUUCUGUGUAUGGCAUUGAAUGCCUUUCAAUUGAAUGGGUUUCCCAUACUGUUGAGAACAGUGUUAUUUCGCGCGUAACGCAUUUGAAUAUUUCAAUCAAUUGACCAAUUAUGAAGUGGAAAAAAUUACUAAAUAAGCAAUAGCUUAUUUAGUCACGAGUACGUCUGCGGCUUAUUUAAAGGACCAACAAUUUUGAUGAAAUUAUUUUACGUAGAAAGUUGGGUACCCCUUUUAAAAUUGCGGGUAGACGUAAUAUUUCACACGGCCACUGAACCGAUUUUGUUUGUAUAAUUUGGAUAGUAAAUGAGUUUAUUCAAAUUAUGACGUCGGUUAUAAAAUUUGUCAAUUCAGUGCGUUCAUAUCCUCAUCGUCUAAGGCUGAAUUUUAUAAAGCGACUAAGUUUAUAUUAACGGGAGAACACUAUAAAAUUCAACGUUAGAUAUAAACGGAAACGAUGGCUCGUUCAAUUGUGAUUGGUUAAUGUAAUGACGUCUGUGAUUGGUCCAGGUUUUUGACCAAUCACAGUCGCGGAGUGUAGCGUAUGGACGCCCUCCGAAUUUAUGUACAUAAUUUAAAAUCAUGACAUAUUCAUUCUUGUUUCGUUAUUGUUUUUUAUUCGUAGAUAUUUUUAUUAAUCUACUUUAAGGAAUUAAAUGUAUAUUUUUAAGUGAAAAUAUCCAUGUUGUUGAUUAGUGUUAUGGAUGUUAAUUUUCACCAUUUGCUAUGCAGUGAUAAUAAAUGGUAUAUUAACGAU